GCCUCACUCUUUGGUUGAUUCUCUGUCACAUUCCUGCUCCUGAUCGUAUAUAAAACCAUCGAUUGUAAAUUUCAAGGUAUUACAAACUUACAUUUUGUGUUGUUACUCUUUGUUUCUUUUGAAUUUAACCACGUCGUCAUUCUGACUGCGCAUUUACCUUUGUCCAUUGACUCUAGAUCAUUUCGGCUUGGAUUGAAUUGUAUAUAGACGAAUAUUCCUAGCAAUUUCUUGGCAGUGCUGGCGGAAUUGAAGAUUGUAUUUGUAUUUAUCAGUAAACGGCCGGACGAUAUAUCAGCGUAUGCAUCGUAGCUCAACAGGAAAACGACGAAAAAACGAUCGCACAACGGUCGACGACGAUGACGAAAUCAACUCACAUAUGAAUCUGCAUAAGAGCCAAAAAUUAUCAAGCCGUGCUCGCCGUCAUCUGUCAAGAAGUGACACUGCAAGACCGGACAAUGAUUUCAUUGUCAUGGAUGACCGAUCGGAUACGGACGACGAUUACGUUGAUGAUAGUAUAUCUUCGAGCCCAUUAAGGAAUGACAGCGAAAACGACACUGACGAUGAAGACCAUCAACAGUAUUGCGCUAAUCUUCGAUCAUCCCGUCGGUCUAACACCGAACAGUUAGCAUCAGAACCAAGCACACCGUCAAGGAGACGAUCAUCCUUAUUCUCAGAGUCUACAAGCAUAUCCGAUAUAGACGAUGGCGAUUUAAGUAGCUUGGAUAGUCAGGAAUGGACAUCCAACAAAUCCGGUGCCGUGAAUGGUCGAGAGCGCUCUUCAUCUCAGAAAGCAGGAGUGGAUACGGAACAACGAGGAAGCUCGAAAUUGUCUUCGAUCGCUGAAGGAUCCAAUGCCAACAAAGAUGCAAAACUGGAUACAAAUGGUUCAGAGUCACGGCGCAAACGCGGCCACGGCACCAAUCCAAACAAGCCGGACAAGAUGGGACGUACGAAAAUUUUUGGAGCUACCAGAGCUGGUCAUUUAGACAAGGUGAAAGAACUGGUAAAACAAGGAGCUAAUGUGAAUCACCGAGAUAAUGCCGGCUGGACACCAUUGCACGAAGCGGCGUUGAAAGGACAAUAUGAAAUUGCGAAAUAUUUGGUCAGCUGUCAUGCCAUGGUAAACGCUCGCGGAUUUGGAGAUGAUACGCCACUACAUGAUGCCUGUUCCAACGGAUUUGCCGAUUGUGUUCAAUUAUUGGUGGAUUCAGGUGCGAACGUUUUUGCCUUGAACAAAGAGAAUCAACAACCGUUGGAUGUGUGUGAAGAUACAGCUUGUUCAAAUAUCUUGAAGAAGCGCAUAUCUCAGUUGAAUCAUCUUACCGCUCGUGACGAUAACGGACGUACGAUAUUACACCGUGCGUGUGUUGGUGGCAAUCACGAUGAAGUAGCACGACUAGUGGAUCAAGGGGCCAAUGUCAAUAUCCAGAAUGCAUCAGGAUGGGCUCCAAUGCAUGACGCAGCCACGAAUGGUCACUUGACAAUCGUGAAAUUUUUAGCGGACCAUGGAGCUUUGAUAAAUAUGACCGACUCUCGUGGCGACACCCCUUUACACUGUGCGAGCAGGAAUGGCCAUCAAGAUGUUGUUCAAUAUCUACUAGAAGCAGGUGCCGAUGUCAAGAAAGUCAACAAUGAGGGGAAAACGGCAUACGAUAUUGCAGGAUCCGUGACGAUUCGACAGGUGCUGACUGCCAAGAUGGACGAAGAACGUAAACAACAACAAACCGUGGAUAUCGUGAACAACGCUGCGAAAUAUACGGUUGAAAUUCCGCAUCUUUACGGUACGGUUGCAAGUGCAUCUGAAGACACGAAACGUACUUUGUCACGAGAAGAACGAAAAGUGCAGUCGUAUAUGAAGGCCUUUGCGCAUCUUGAAACCAAACCUAAACGCGGAAGAGGCAAAGUUACGGACGAUAACGAUUACUACGAGCAACAAGAUCCGGAUUUACUGCCUUUGUUACCAUUACCACGAAAAAGGAGACGGGCGACAAGAAGAAAACACGGUAGCCGAGACGAAUCGAGGGAAGCCUCCUUGGACAGAGACGUACGAUCAGAAACGCCCAAAAGUCGACCCGAUGUUGGAAAACUUAACGUGCAUAAAAAAGACACGAGCGGUCGAACGCAAUUGCACAAAUGGGCUGUACGUGGCGAUGUGGAGAUUGUGCAACAAUUAUUGGAGAAAGGCGCGAACCCUAAUGAAGUGGAUAAUGCUGGCUGGACACCAUUGCAUGAAGCAGCUUUACGCGGACAUCUAGAGGUGGUGGAGGUUCUUCUCGACAAUGGGGCGAAUGCCAAUGCUCAAAGUGCUGAUCUCGAUACCCCACUUCAUGAUGCGACCGAAAAUCGACACCCCGAAAUUGUUAAAUUGCUGUUAGGACGUGGCGCUGACGUACAUAUCACGAAUACGAAAGGGGAUAAUGCUUUGGAUAUCGCGAUAGAAAUGGGGUUUGACGAUAUUGAGCAAGUGAUCCGCUCUUUCAUCUUGAAGCAAGCAUCUCAAAGUCGCCGGCAACGGAAGUCAGGAAGAAUGAAACAAAAUAGUCACGAAGAUGUCAUGGUGACUGGAACUGCGAAUGCAACCGUAACCGGAAACACACCCGAUACCAAGGAUAUCACUGACUCUUCCAAAUAUAUGCAAGCAUCACUGUCACCCAAACCCGUAAAACGUCGACGCCUAGUACGUGCUUCUUCUCUAGAAGCGGAAACAGUUGUAUCGGAUCAUGACAAAUGUGAUGUACCUAUCAAACUGGAGAAACCCGUGGAGGAUGUUUCGGUAAUGGAUAGAUAUUCAGCGUCAAAUGACGAUGAGUUAGCCAACGCUCCAGAAAGCUCGCUGCAGAAGCGAUGCAUAACCAAUACGGAUCCAUCGGUUCGAAGUCCCAACACACCUAUACCUACUCCGCCACCAGAGAAGCACGUGAUGGAAGCAAUUGUUAAAGAAGAAUCGGAAGGAGACGACCUUAUUUCGAUAUUACGGACAAACGCCGAGGAUCACAGCUACUUUUCCGAGCCGAUUCACUUUUUGCCACUGUAUACAGUCCAAUUGACCGACAACAAUGCAGCAUCCACGUCCACGUUUUACGUGCUUGAUCUGCAAGUGAGCUUAUUUAUGGGGCUCUGUAUGAGUUCUUUCUGGAAACGAUAUUCGUAUUUGCAUCGUCGUGCGGUAACGAUCCGGGAAAAAACACAAUUCUGGUCGCCGUUAUCUGCUAUUCUUUGUCGAACGCUCAAUCCAACCAUUCCAUCACACGCAGCAUUGAAAGCGAGAGUCAAACGAAUCUUUUUGGAUACCCAGUUAUCUUUUAUCCGUUUGGACGCUGUCACUUCCUUGAUCAGGAGGGAUUACAGUCAUUUGAUCGGCAACAUCAUCACGAUUAAUUUGGACAUGACCUAUCAAGAUAGCACGGCUGCCAGUACGCCAUCUGCUUCUUUUUCGCACGCUGAUUCAAUGAUCCAACCGAAUUUACCGCCGAAGAUCGCUAUGAAGUUGCGGAAAUGCAACAUGAUCAAAUUCAACCAGCCGUCCCGUGACUAACUUCAUAUGUUUCAACCCUCAUUUUUUUUCAUCGUCAGCAAAUCCAUACCCCAGCAUUUGUACACUUCCUCCCCCUCUCCAAGCAAAAACAAAAAGAAAGAAAAGAAACUUCGCAGCGCAUCGACUCAAAAAUCACUUCGUGCCACUUUCACAUGGAGCGAAGAGUCUCACUCGCUGACGAUAUAAUCACCAGUUACCCAGAGUCUUUCUUUUGCAUGUAAUCUGGCCUCUUCAGGAACCGGUAUAUAUUGAAUCAAAAAAAUUUGGUGUCGUGGCGAAAGCACUUUUGUAUAUAUCUAGCGUAACGCAAUGUAAAAGUUUCCUCUGUUUGUUCUCAUAAUCACUACUGAAAACAAAUCAUCAAAUGCUUGCAUCCUGAUAACGAAAGCAAAUGUUGUUUACGAGUAUAGUAGAUUCACUAUAUUGCUGAUACACGUG